AUAUUGACGUCUGGCUUUGUAUUGCACAAAGGUUCGUUUUGUCGCAAUGCGUCCAAUUUGCUUGACCUUUUGGUGGUGCUGGUGUCGCUGAUGUCCUUUGGUUUAAAGAGCGGUGCAAUCAGCGUGGUCAAGAUCCUACGGGUGCUACGAGUGCUGCGGCCUUUGAGAGCCAUCAAUCGUGCGAAGCGUUUGAAGGCACAGUCUCACGUUGUUCAGUGUGUCGUCGUGGCCGUCAAGACCAUGGGCAACAUUCUGCUGGUGGCGUUCAUGCUGCAAUUCAUGUUCGCAAUCAUCGGCGUACAAUUGUUCAAGGGUGCCUUCCAUUCGUGCACUGAUUCAACGAAAUCUACUGCUGAACAAUGUCGGGGCUUUUAUUUCGAAUACAUUGGCGGAAAUCGUCUUAAGCCAGAAGUGAAGGAACGAGAAUGGGUCAAUUACGACUUUAACUUCGACAAUAUCCAAAACGCGAUCGUGGCGCUGUUCGUCGUUGGAACCUUCGAAGGAUGGCCAGAUUUGCUGUACGUGGCGAUUGAUUCGACGGAUGAGGACCGCGGGCCAAUUCACAACUACCGUCAGAGUGUCGCCAUAUUCUUCAUCGCUUACAUCGUCGUCAUCGCCUUCUUCAUGCAGAACAUUUUCGUCGGAUUCGUCAUCGUCACCUUCCAGACGGAAGGCGAAAGGGAGUACGAAAACUGCGACCUGGACAGCAAUCAGCGAAAAUGCAUCGAGUUCGCGCUGACAGCCAAGCCUCAACAGAGGUACAUACCUAACACGAGACUGAGGUACAAAAUCUGGCUUUUUGUCACCUCCAGCUAUUUCGAGUACGUCAUAUUGGCUAUCAUCAUUCUGAACACUCUUGUUCUCGCUAUGAAGCAUUACCAGUCUAACCCGAAGUUUGACGAAGUUCUGGACAUUCUGAAUUUUAUAUUCACCUCAAUGUUUGCGACCGAGUUUAUCCUUAAAGUGAUCGCCUUCACGUUGGUGGUAAUUUUUAUUAACGCUUCUGCUUCAUGCGUAUUAAAUAUCGUUAAAUUUUAUAAUUACUUUGGCGACGCUUGGAACGUGUUCGACUUCAUUAUUGUUCUGGGCAGCUUCAUUGACAUCGUCUAUGGCAGAAUAAGUGUAAGUUGUGUUGUGUAUAGUUUCAUUUUGUUAUUUGCUCCUUGA